AUGAGGCUAUCCCUUUUCAUCGCGGGUGCUUUUGUAUCCGCCGUUACCGGCAUCUCCCCGGAAUUCCAGAAUGUCCUUCAAAAUACACACAAAAGCAACGAAUAUGAAUACCCUACGGAUUUUACGAGGGGGAUAAUGCCUAUCCCAGUUCAUUCGCACAAUGAUUAUUGGAGAGAUAUUCCAUUCUAUACCGGUCUUUCGAAGGGGUGUAUAUCUACUGAGGCGGAUGUUUGGCUGUACAAUGGCACUCUUUUUGUCGGUCAUGAUGAAUCCUCUUUGACAGACACGCGCACUUUGGAGUCCCUCUAUAUAAAUCCGAUCCUGGAUGUCCUCAGACGUCAGAAUCCUGAGAGUCGGUUUGUAUCUGAGCCUACGAAACACGGCGUCUUCGACACUGUCAGAGAUCAGACCCUUUACUUCUUCAUUGAUGUGAAGACUUCCGGCCCCGAGACAUUUGACGCUGUCAUCUCGGCACUGAAACCACUCCGUGAGAAGGGCUAUCUCACAUACUUGAAGGACAACAGGACCGUCAACUACGGACCCGUCACCGUCAUCGGUACAGGCAACACGCCCCUCAAUAAGGUGGCCUCUACUCCAGACCGAGACUACUUCUUUGACGCACCGUUGGAUGCUUUGGAUGACCCGCAGUACGAGAAAAUCACAUCUCAAAUCUCUCCCAUUGCAUCUGCCAGCUUCAAGGAUGCCGUCGGGGUCAUAACUUCUGACACGGAUCCUAUCCUGAACGAUGAGCAGACGAAGGCACUUCGUUCGCAGAUUACUGUUGCGAAGGAGAGGGGAAUUGGGGCUAGGUAUUGGGAGACACCGUAUUAUCCGAUUAGAACGAGAAACCUUGUUUGGCGGACGUUGCUCCGGGAGGGCGUUACGUUGCUGAAUGCCGAUGAUUUGGAGGCUGUUGGGGAAUUGUUUUGA